CUGGCCGACAUGGGUACCCCAGCCACUAUCACGGCACACCUAAUGGUGAUCAUCGAACCACCGGCACUCGAAACGUGUGAUAUCAACAACCAAAGGGGAAAUUCACAACAGAUUGCGUUUCGAUGUUUAUUAUAUAAUGUCCGACUAUUUCCCAGUUUUUGAUGAAUAUCAUUCACAAUCAAGACACCAACGACAUCAAUCACUGCCAUACAACUACUCUCACCAACUCACCAACUCAUCAACCCACCAACGCAACCACUCUAUCAAAAUCAACCACUGCAAAACAACCAAAAUGGUUCCUGCUGCUGCUUACUCUCAGGUCGGCCCCAAGGUCCUCCCCAUCAUCUUGACCGUUGGAGGCGCCACCGUUGCAAGCCGAUCUGUCAUCAAGACAAACCAAUAUCGAGAGCCCGUCCGAGCAAAGACAUUCCAAAACACUUCUCCUCAACCUCGAUCUCAAUACUUUGAAAAAGUCCUAGAAUCAAUCUUUGCAUAGAAUCUUGGGAAGAUAAAGGAUAACGAAUUAUGAUGGGCGGCGUAUAUAUGCUUUUGGAGUACCUGUGGUUACUUGAGUCUGCUUUUAUGAAUAAAUUCAUUCAAUAAAUCAUCGUAUCUCUUCA